AUGUUGAAAAGCAUUCCAAUAUUUCUUACGUUUUUCUGUGUCUCAGCACAGUUGCGUGAAACCAAUGAAGCUCUCCCACUCUCACCGGUACAAAUUAAACAAAGUUUUGACAAUGUCAUGACAGAUGAGUACAUAAAUAUAUUAGCUAAAGAUUUUGCAAUAAAAGCAGCCGAACAUUUUGUGAAAGAACUGGGCAAUCAAAAGACGGCAAUGUCUUCGAAGCUUUCACAAAUCUCUAGAUCUCCAAUUGCAGAGGUUUCGAUGGGCGCCUUACAGAACCAACAAAAGCCACUACAGCAAGCUGAGCCCGAAGACCAGGCAUUGCCACUAGCUCAAGAACAAGGAUUGUCACAAGUUCAAGAACAAGCAUUAUCACAGGCUCAAGAACAGCCUACGGCUGAAGCAAUAGCACAGGCACAGAUACAGGCAAAGCAAAAUGCAAAAGUCGUAAAAAGGGUGCUAAAAAAAGCAAAAGAAAAGCAAAAGCCGGCCUCAGAGGUACAAGCUGAAUUUGAGGAAAAGGGUGAAGAAGUUGAAGAACCACCAAUAAAACCAACCAAAAAUCAAAAUGGUAAUAAUAUAAUGCUGGAUUCAGAUGAAGCUUUGAAUUUACUAAAAGAGCCUGAACCAGAUGGUGAUCAUUUAGAUUCCCAAUCUGGAGAACUAAGCAAGGAAGCAGCGAGAGAAAGAAUACCUGUUGUACAGGUGAUGAAGAUCAAUGGUGCAUACUAUAGAAGGUUGCUAGGAUUAAUAUAGGAAUGAAAGCAAUUUGGAUUCAGGUCAUGAAAUUAUUUAGUUGUACCGCUUUGGUAAAACGUUUAUUACA